AUGAAAGAUAAAGAAAAUAAAGCGUCCCCAUCGACAGGCGAAAAACGAGAGGCUCCAGAUGGCGCUGUUCAGAAAUCCGAGAGUUUUCAAGAAAGAAGCUCAAGAAGCUCGAGGGGCUGCUCUAGAAGAAGCUCGAAAGAAAGAAAGAAGCGAAAGGUUUCACAAGAAAAACGGAAUGCACAUUUUCUGCGAGCGGCAAGAUCUGGAAAUGUGGAGAAAUUUCAAUUCUAUGUUGAAGAAAAAGUCGAUAUCAACACUGUGAAUACAAAUGGUUUAUCCGCACUUCAUCUCGCAAGUAAGGAGGGUCAUCAAACGAUCGUAAUCGAGCUACUCUCGCUAAAAGUAGACGUCAACAAGACGACGAAUCGAGGCAACACAGCUCUGCAUAUCGCCAGUCUAGCGGGACAGGACUCGAUCGUGGAGAAACUCAUCGAAGCAGGGGCGAAUCCGAAUUUACAGGCGCACGGUGGAUUCACGCCGCUGUAUAUGGCGGCGCAGGAAGGACAUGCCGAUAUUGUCAAACAGCUCUUAGCAGCCAAAGCAAACCAGUCAAUUCCGACAACAGAUGGAUUCACUCCCCUUGCAGUUGCCCUCCAAGAAAACCGCCACGAUGUCGUGAAUCUCCUUCUAGAAGACGAUGUCAAGGGAAAAGUAAAACUUCCCGCCCUCCACAUCGCUGCCCGAAAGAAUGAUGUCAAGGCUGCUGCUCUUUUGCUGCAGAAUGAACCAAAGAAUGAAACGGAAGAGGUUUUGAUUGUGAACAGAACGACUGAGUCUGGCUUUACCCCACUUCAUAUUGCCGCGCAUUAUGGAAAUCUAGGAAUCGCAUCGCUUCUUGUUUCCCGGUCCGCUGGAGUCAAUUUCGUCGCGAAAAACGGCAUCUCGCCUCUUCACGUGGCUUCAAAGCGCGGUCACGUGGGAGUGGUCAAAAUGCUCUUAGAAAAAGGAGCGAGUAUAGCUGCAACAACACGUGAUGGGCUUACUCCUUUGCAUUGUGCAGUUCGGCACGGUCAUUUGAGAGUGGCGGAAAUUCUUCUAGACAAAGGAGCGAAACCCAUGGUCACGGCUAAUGGCCUCACUCCUCUUCAUAUGGCAGCGCAAGGAAACCAUGAAGGCUGCGUGGGAAAACUGAUCAAAUGCGGCUAUUCUGUCGAUUCGAAAACGCACGAUCUGUUGACUCCCCUCCACAUUGCUGCCCAUUGCGGACACUUGACCACUGCCAAGCUUCUUCUCCAAAAAGGGGCGGAUCCGAAUGCUGUGGCGAUGAAUGGUUUUACCCCUCUUCAUGUUGCUGCGAAGAAAAAUCGGUUCGAAGUGGUGAAAUUGCUGCUUGAAAACAAGGCAAAAAUUGAAGCGGUGACUGAAAGUGGCCUGACUGUACUGAUGGUUGCGACGUAUGCGGACAACUUGGCCGUGGUAAAGGUCCUAACCGAAGCUGGAAUAGCCCUCGACGCCCUAAACUCUCGAGGAGAAACGGCGUUGCAUGUGGCAGCGAGAAAUGAGCUCAAGACAAAUCACGUGCUCGAUCAUUUAGUGAAAUUGGGCGCGGAUGUCAAUGUGCGCGGCGAGGAUGCUAAUGGAGUCAUUCAUUUGGCAGUGCGAUCGGGCUCCGUUUCUUCCGUCAAGAAUCUGAUCGAAGCUGGGGCGAGGAUUAAUGAGAAGGUUGAGUCUUCUGGAUAUGCGCCGGUUCAUUAUGCCAGCAAGGAUGGAAAUUUGGAGAUGGUGCAACUUCUAUGUUCGAAGGGGGCUGACCUGUCGUCAAAAACCAAGAAAGGCUUCACCGCAUUCCAUAUGUGCGCAAAAUACGGACACCGUCAGUUGGUUCGAUAUUUGGCGGAAGCAGGUGCGCAAAUCAAUGAAGUGGCUCUUGGCGGUCUGACUGCACUCCACAUCGCCGCGCAUUAUGGUCACGUGGAGGUGGUCAAAGAUCUUGUUGGAGUCGGAAUCGACAUUUCUCUCCAAGCUCAAAAGACCGGCCACGAUGCGUUGCAUGUUGCUUCCCGACUUGGAAACGAAGAAAUUGUUCGAUUCCUCCUUGAUUCCGGCGCAAAACCAGAUUCGACUAUCAAACAGGGCUUCACAUCUGCCCAUCUCGCUGCUUUCGGUGGCCAUGCAAAUGUCCUACAAGUUCUUGUCGAUGCCAAUGCUGAUCUAGAAUUUGCCGCGAAAAAUGGCCUCGCUCCAAUUCAUCUCGCAGGGCAAGUGGGAAAUCUCGAAUGCGUCAAGUUCUUCUUGGACAAAGGCUGCUCGCUCGGACUGACAAAAUCUGGCUGUUCUGUUCUCCAUCUUGUCGCUCACUAUGGACACGAAUCUCUUGUCGAUGAGCUUCUCAGACACGCUGAUGACGAUGAACUCAACAGAAAAAAUGACGCUGAUUUCACCCCGCUUCACCAUGCCGCGCAAGGAGGCCAUCUCGGCGUUUACAAGCUUCUUGUUGAAGCUGGAGCUCGGCAAGACAUUGUCUCUUCUUCUGGAAUGCGUCCGAUUGACAUUGCGAAGCGGCUUGGUUAUGUUUCCAUUGCUGCUGAAUUCGACCUCGAGGAUGUGAAUAAAGAGGAAGCGACAAGCGAGGGCGGAAAUGAUGACCAAUGGUCCGCGACUUCAAGCAAAAUGAUUAUACCAGAGAGUCUUCAAGAAUCCUUCCAGAAUGAGUUGAAACAGCUGUCUGAUGAUGAGGAGGAAGCACCACAAGACUUCAAAGUGAUGACUGACGACUCCCUUCUCGGCAAAUCCUACUCUCUCAACUCAAUGCAGCAUUCUAAGAGCCUGAAUCAAUAUUCCCGAAGGGUCGACCCGUUGGACGAGGUCAUCGACGAUGAGGAAAAACAGUCUGGAUUCCUUGUCAGUUUCAUAGUCGACGCAAGAGGCGGAAUUAUUUCUUCAAGAAGACAUCCGGAGCUGAAAUUUUUUAUUCCAGAGGGCUCUUGUCCAGCGCCAACGAGAAUAACUUGCAGAAUCGCGAGAUCGACGAAACCGCCACUAUCGGAAGCAGAGAACCAGGCGACUUCGGUGGUGGAGGUUGCUCCUCACCCAAUGCACUACGAAAGAAUACCGCCAGUUCGCGAAGACGAAGGCGUCUGUGCUCCAUUGUUGCACAUGUCCCCGUCUCAGCAGUUUCAAGGCCCCGUGGCAAUUGAUGUUCCACAUUUCGGCACAACAGUCGGCGGCAGAAGAGAAGUAUUUGUCCUAUCCAGCAACGACGGUCUAAAAUGGCAUGAACAUCCGUCCCUUUCCAGCGAAGAAUUCAAAGAGUCCAUUUCUCCCGAAGACAUGGAAGAGCCAAAGGAAUUCGUGCAUCGCAUUAUCACAACAGAUUUCCCGAAAUACUUCGCUCUUGUUUCACGACCAACUGUGGAGUAUGGAAUGAUGGGACCAGAAGGCGGUGAACUUUCUAUCCGCGCAGAGGAUAAAGACGGAAUCGCCUCGUUUCCCGAGAAUGCUUUGGUGAAAAAAAUCCGCGUCGCGCUUCAGACGCUCCCCAUCAAUCCCGAAGUCGUGAAAAAAUAUGCAGAUGGAAAGCUUUAUUGCGGCGCAGUUUUGACCGUCGAGCCUAGACGUCGGAAAUUCCACAAACUCAUUAAUCUCAGCAUUCCGAGCCCGGCAAAGGACGAGCAUGCUUCUGGGCUUAGGCUUCUUUACAGCUUGACGGAGGGAAAUGAACAGGCAGAAUGGGAGGAUCUGACGAAUUCGGUCGAUUUCUGCGUGACGAAGAAUGGAUGCUUGAGCUUCAUGACAAAUGUAUCAGCGCGCUUUUGGGCGAUUCAAGUACUCGAUCCAGAGAUUAUUCCAGAUCUCGAGCCGCUCGCUACGGCAAUUUAUAAAGAGGCGAUUAAAAUACCGUACAUGACGACAUUUUCUGUUUGCUUGAAUACCAUUGAUCAGGUUGCUGGCGAAGUUCGACUUACAAUCAUCUGCGGCACAAGAAACGAAGCUCCUUCUGAUCCUCGCCUUGUAGAACUCGCCAGAAGCAAACCAAUCGAAGUUCAUCAAGAUGCGAGCAUUUGGAUCGACGUCAUUGGCGACAUUUCUCCACACUCCGACGAUGCUCAAAAGGGACAAGCAUGGUUUACCUUCCAUCCAUUUGAAGAGACCCAGCUCAAUCUCCGAUUCAAGCCUUCUAUAACAACUGGCGACAAUUUAGACUUCCGCGUUUGUUUCUACCCUGAACCACGUGGCGGCGGAAAAGAGCCUAUUUGCGGGCUCAACUGCGAAGUACGAAACAACCGCGAAGAGUCGCCAGAAGAAUGCCAGCUUGAUACAGUGUCAGUUCAUAGCUCCAAUACGUACACUUAUCUAGUGCCACCUGAUACAAUUGAGGUUUCGGAUGACGAGCAUCAAGAAACCGACCGUGGACGAUCCUGCGGGGGCGACGAAGAAGAGCCUCCAAUCACACCAGAUGAUCUUUUUCGCGACAUUCAAGAGGUCAAGUCAAAACUUGCCGAAGUCAGGCAGUUGCUUGAGGGCAGAUCAGGAUCGACCAGUGGUAUGACUUGUAGCCAAUCAGAAAUGCAUUUGAGUGGCUACAAAGUAAGCACACCUGUGGGCACGCCGAUGAAAAUUGAUGAAAAUACAGAAUUGAUGGACUCCGUUUUCGGGACAAUCUGCAACGAAGAUGAACAUGGCGUGCUUGAAGAAAUGGAAAAGCUUCGAUCAAAGUUUAACGAGCGACGCUCGCCUGAGGGCGCGCCAUCUUUUUCCCAAAAUCCGGAAAUGACCAAACUCGCCGGUAUCUUCCAAGCCCGCGUCGAGCAAGAACUGAAAGAAAAAGAACAAGAGCGGCUGAUCGCAAAGACCGCGAAUGAAAUUUUCAACGAAACAUUCGAAAGCAUCAUCCGCGAGAACAGCCAAUCGCAGAAAAAGAGGAUGUCGAUCAAAGACAGAAUUGCAUCGAUCGAGACGGGAGAGUGGCGUUUUAGUUCAGACGACGAGGCCGACGAGAAAAAAUCCCAAACCAAGGAAAAUCGAAAUACCGACCUUGAAGAAGUCAACCCCUUCGCCAUGAACUCCGACAUGCCGAUUGAGGGCGAGGAUGAAGAAAUCGCCGAAUUCAAGGCAGCAGAAACCAUCCCUGAAAUGAUGAAAAUGACUGAAACAGCCUUUGACGAAGCGGAAAAUAUCAUCGCCUCGGCUGAAACACGGCUGGGUGAAGCUUGGGAUCAUACUCAAAAGAUUUUGGAGAGGAAUGAUGGGGAAGAAUCAGAUGAAGUUGAUACAGUGACAGGAGAAAACAGCAGCAAAAAUACUUCUGAGUCGUACAACACCGCCGUUUCUGAUAUUCGCGAUCCAGAUAUCGGCUCAAUCGAGGAUCAGAUUCUCAAAGCAGCAAACGCGUGCUUCGUUCUCCGCGCUUUUUGGAGAUCCUGUCCCCCAGAGCCGAAUCGAUGCUCAACUUUUGAUCAUGAUGUUCAGAAAAUGACAGUAAGCUCAUCUUCAUCAAUGGACGAUGUUUUUGAGCAAGAACUCAAUACAGUAGCACUGGAUCUAUCGCUGAAGAUUAUCCAGGAUUCGAUUGAAGAGCUCCAGACGGAAAUCUCACAAAUUGACUCCGUCGAAAAAGCUGCAAUGAAUCUACUUGAUGACAUCAUUCCUUCUGUCGUGAAAGAAAUCAAGGAGGAAAACGAUGCGAAAAUCGAUCGAAGCGAAAUGGUACAAAAUUGGCUGAACGACAAGGGCCAAUCCGUUGAUACAGUCAUUUGGCGCAAUCAGAGCGAGGAAAACGAGUGCGAUUCCGUCUGUGAAAAUAACACGUCUUAUGAAUCUGACGAAGAAUCCAUCGUGACAAGAACCCUCCCUCUUGACAUGAAAAGCUACGGGUCUUUUGAUCAAGCAACAUCGUUGACAGAAACUGCUGUAGCUGAGCAUAACUUGGUCGAAGCCUUAGUCAAUAACGCGAUCAUGAGUUCCAUCACUGAAAUCAAGCGCGAAUACGAUUUUGUCCGACAAGUCCAGCUCAAAGAAUGCGUCAACAAGCUCGUCCUGGACGCCAUCGGCUCAGCGAUUCUAGAAUCAAAGGAAGAAUCCGACUCCCCGCAAGAAACUCAGCGUGAAGAAAAGUGUCAUCUUCAUCGAGAAAUUUCAGAAGAUACGACCAUCGAAGCUCGCUACGAAAUCGCUAGCUCAAGCGACUCUGAGGGCGCUCCUGAGCUCGACGAGCCGAUCGAAAAAGGCCCCUGCAAGUAUCUUCUCAAGCGCGAUUCUUGCGAGCAAUUUCGAUUACGUAACAGCCGAACUUGCCCAGACCGUCAUUCAGCUAAUUUCGCAUCAGUAGAUGAAGAGGAUGAGAGCGAUGAUUUUCGAAAAGUGUCCUUCGGAAGCUGUAAGAUCUACAGCUACAAAGUAGCGAACAGUGUGGACUUGGACGAUGUGCCGGAAAUGGACGAUGACGAUUUGGAGAGUCUGAUCGAAUCGGAAGCAGAACUCUACCAAGAAAUCUCUAAAGCAGAGCGAAUCUUGCAGGAAACCGCUGAAAAACUCGUCUCGAAAGCGAUCAAUUCAUCGCUCAUCGACCUCUACUCUGAUCGUAACUCAAUGGCGUCUUCAGACUCUGACGAUCGAGAAAGCCCAGCCACCUUGCUAAACGAAUUGCCUGAUCCAUCGGAUUUUGUCUACACUUCUCUUGGAUCAAACUGCAGCUCGAUCGCUGGCGAGAGCCACGGCAUGCUCCGAUUGGAUUCGAUCGCUGAAGAGAGUGAGCACUCGGAAUGUUCGCUAAGAAGCUCAAGCUCGAACAACCUUGGUUUGAUGCAAAAUAUCGAGCAAGCCUCGACCAAUAGAACAGUUUCAUACGGUCAAGAAUCCGUCGAAAUCGCCGAGUACUUCAACAACACAGAAGAAUCAUCAAUGACUCAAUCGCCAAUCAAGAUGUUUGUUCAUCAAGGUUCCCUGCAGCAUCAACCUUCUUACACCGGCUCUGCAGACUCAGCAUUGUCAGAUGUUGAAUCUCAAUCGCUUCUUGGUGGAAACAAUUCUCCUUAUUUCCGCCCUCAAUCACCAACGCCCCCUGCCUCUCGCCUUUCCGGCGAGAAUCACAAGAAUCGAGCAAUGGCUUGGACAAGGGAAGAGUCCCGGGAUUGGAGAUCUAGCGACGAUGAUUCAGCUCAAGAAUCGAUCGGAACAUCUCCGCUUUUUAAUAGAAUCCAAAAGCGUACCACGCCAUUCCCAUUUGGUUCAAGAUCAUCGACGAUGGAUUUGGACGACGGUCCAAUCGAGACUCCAGAACAACAGGGUUCGACCGAACAGCUACCAAUUCAGCCUCGUGCUGGGUUCAAUUGGUUCUCAACGACGCUUGAUGAAGAUGACGAAGCAGAAGAGCUUAUUACAGGAUCAGGAGCUCAAGGAUCAACAUCUCAGCAUCAAGAUCAAACGAUGGACUUCGAAAUCGCCAGCUCUAUCGCUUCUUUCGAUACAGUUAUCGAGCGAGAGAAUGAAAACGUUGACGACGGAACUAUCGACGAAACGACUUCAACCGGCUCUUCUCCGUCGAUCAUUAAUUUGAAAGACGGAGGUUUUCCAGAAAGCGAAGUAGAGAGCAAUUACCCAGCCAGUGAUGAUUUCGACCUGGUGCAAGUUCAGCCGCCAACACCCACUGACGGCUGCAGCCGAACCUUAUCUCCUGAACUGAUUCCUCAAGAAGAACCGGAAGUGGACAAGAAAAGAUACGACUACGAUCCGAUUGAGCGAAAACAAUCCGUGGCCGAUCUUUUGGUUGAAAAAAUGGAAGCACAGCUCAACUCCGUCGCAUUUUCUGUCGAUGAACCGUGCGAAGCGCCCCCUGGAGAGACUCAAUUUGACAAAUUUCUAGAGGAUAUGCAGCGGGAUUUCAGCCCUGAUUCGGAUAUUGAGACUUCUGUUUCCAACGAGACUGCUGUGGAGAAAAUUUCGGACAUUGAGUCGAACGAAGAUGAACAUUCAGAAAAACAGGAAGAUCUUUCUCCUCAUCACGAGUUCGAUCAUUACGGAGAAGAAGAGAUUAACAUGCUCGCGAGAAUGCUUGACAACAUAGCAACUGAUCUUGUCGCAAGUUGCUUAGAUGAUGUCGUUCAUUCUGAAAGGCUUUCCUGCCAAACUCUUCGAGAAAAAUUCAAGCAACAAUUGAGUAGCGCUGAAAUUGCCGAUGAAUUUGAUCCGAUCCCGAGAAGAGGAUCAACAGGAGAGAGCAAUCCUGAAGGCUUGCAGCGAAGAGACACGGGUAUCCAUGAUCUGAUGGCACCCGUCGAGGCGAAACCUGUCAAGCGCUCUUCUCUGGAGAUAUUCGACGAAGAAGACGAAGACGAAGAAGAGAAUGAUUCUGAGAACAUUGGCGUUUCUAGAAAAUCACCCCAUGAAGAACCACCAGCCGAGCCGACCUUUUCCACUUUUAUCAGCACAACUGAAGAGACAGUUGUUCCGGGAAAAGUUGUCAGUGAAUACAUGACUGUCGGCGGCGAAGCAGCGGAUGCGAACGUAACGAUGCGAGAAUUCGGCUUUCAGAAUCCCUAUUUUGACAUGUCAAAAUCGAUCUCGCUAGAAUCCAGCUCAAGAGGGGAUACGAAUGAGCAGAUUUCUUCGCCAGCGAUGUUUGCUUCUGAAAAUACACAGGAGCUCCCAAGCGUUCCAGAAGAAUCGCAAGAACCACCAAAAGAUCCCUUUACAACAGAAGCGCCCGAGUCCGAGCGAGGUGAUGACAUGGAAAGUCUCAACUCAACAUUUUCGCCAUCGAGCUCGAUUCUCGAUUUUCGUCAGGACCCGCGUAAUACUCAGUCUCUCACUGGAUCGAUUGAGCGUCGAUUGAGAUGCACUUCUCGCUCCUCAGCCUCAACUUUGAGUUCCGGAUCAUCCCUCAGUCGACGGUCGAAAUAUUCAGAUUCGACGAUUGUUUCUAGAAACCGCAAAAAAUGCUCAGGAAGUGCACCACCUUCUUCUGAUCGCUUUUUGCAACUCAAAAGUGGCGUCUUUACCUACAGGAUGAGCCCCGACGAAGAAAAUCGCUUCGGACGAUCAAAAUCAUCGAACACCGUCGAGCGUCCACGAAGCGAUUUGAUCUGCUACUCGGACUCCGAGGAGAUUUUCAAGCCAGCAGCGAGCGAGCCUUCGCUUUCAAUGAGCACUGGAGAUCUUUCAAGCCCAAAGGCGACCAAUCUCAAUCGAUCAAACAACAGCUCGUCCAGUCGAUUGUCAAUUGGCGAAAUCAUAUUCGGGCAGAGCUCGAACUCCACCUCUGCGACUUCUUCAAGCUACAACUCUGCGAUGAUGUACUGA